AUGAUUACUCUGGGCAAGUCCAUCACUGGCAGAGCGUUCCCGGCUUCAUACAUUCUUAGCAACAACCAGGCCAUGUCACUUGUUGAGUCGUUCCAAACUGGAGGUACCUUUACCAUGGCCCCUGCAGCUGUUGCAGCCACCACCGCAGCCUUGAAGAUCUACGAUGAGGAGAAGCUUUGCGAAAAGGCUUUCGUGAUUGAAGCCAAGUGGAAGGAGACUACAUCCAAGUGGGACUACCCCUGGAUCAAGUACGUCACCUCUCGAGGCGCCGACAUGAGCAUUGCGACCGAGCAAAGGUAUGGCACUGUCACCCCUCGUCGUAUUGCGAGACUUGCGUGGCAGAAGGGGCUAUUCAUCUAUCCCACCAAGGCCGCCAUCCGUGUGUACAUGGCGUUGACCAUCUCCGACGAGGAGCUGGAGAAGGGAUUGAGUAUCUUGACAAACGUGAUGGAUGAGAUUGAGUCGUACGGAGAUAUUCCUGGCUCUAUCCAUCCGUCUGAUGAUGCUAAGCACGGGGGUUACUAG